UCCGCUCCCUCCCUCCCAUCUCCGCUCCCCCUCCUCCCGCCUCCUCCCGCUCCCUCCCGCCUCCUCCCGCUCCCCUCCCGCUCCCUCCCGCCUCCUCCCGCUCCCUCCCGCCCCUCCCGCUCUCCUCCCGCCCCUCCCGCUCUCCUCCCGCCUCCUCCGCUCCCCUCCCGCUCCUCCCGCUCCUCCCCCUCUCCGCCCCCUCUCCCGCCCCCUCCCCCUCUCCGCCCCCGCUCCAUCCCCCCCCUCUCCCCCCCGCUCCAUCCCCUCCCCUCUCCCCCCGCUCCCUCCCCUCCCCCUCCUCCCUCCCCCUAUCCUCCUCCCACCUCCCCCUAUCCCUCCUCCACCUCCCCCCCUCCCCCCGCUCCCCCCUCCCCACCUCUCCCCCCACCUCCGCUCCCUCCACCUCCCCUCCCUCCCUCCCCUCCGCUCCCUCCCUCCGCUCCUCCCCCUCUCCCUCCCUCCGCUCCUCCCCCUCCCUCCUCCCCUCCGCUCCCUCCCUCUCCCCUCCCUCCCUCUCCCUCUCCCUCCCUCCCCUCCCUCCCUCCGCUCCCUCCCUCUCCCCCUCCCCCUCCCCCUCCCUCUCCCCCUCCCCCUCCCCCCCCCUCGCCUCCUCCUCCCUUCCCUCCCUCUCCCUCUCCCCUCCCUCCCCUCCCUCCCCCUCCCUCCCCUCCGCUCCCUCCCUCUCCCUCCCUCCCUCUCCCUCUCCCCUCCCUCCCUCCCCCUCCGCUCCCUCCCUCCCCUCCUCCCCCUUCCCCUCUCCCGUCCGCUCCCUCCCCUCAGCUCCCUCCCUCCCCUCCUCCCCCGCUCCCUCCUCCGCCCCCCUCCUCUCCCCCUCCCCUCCCCUCCCCUCCCCCUCCCUCUCCCCCCUCCCCCGCUUGCCCCCCUCCCCCCUCCGCUCCCCCUCCCCCCGCUCUGCCCCUCCCCCCUCCCUCUCCCCCUCCCCCCGCUCUGCCCCCUCCC